GUCCAGGGGCGGACUGACCAUUUGGAAACUCGGGCACUGCCCGAGGGCCCGGGGUCAGUAGGGGGCCCCAUGAGAUGCCCCUGGUACCUUUUUCAUAGGCUUUUUGUGAGUUUGGGCAAGGACACAGGGGCCCCAUGAUCCCCUAUUGCCCGGGGGCCCCAUGAGUUGUCAGUCCGCCCCUGAUGUGCAGCCUCAUCAGUGUCCACAUCAGUGCCCCAUAAGUGCAGUCUUAUCGGUGUAGUCUACUCAGUGCUCUAUCAGUGCAGCCUCAUCAGUGCCC